UUUCCACAGGCGGCCGGGCAGCGGGGCUGAGCGGAGCGGAGGCAGUGGGCUCAGGUAGCUGGGGCUCACUCCGCCCGCAGCGCCAGAGGCACGGGGCAGCUUCUAUCGAGUGCAUGGAAGCCCUUUUCUACAGAAAAUUUCUUGGAAUAAUCACAAUGUGAGCAGAAGCUUCGACGGCAGCAGAUAUUUCAUGAAUGUCAACAGUUUCAUUUUGUUCAAAUGGCGAAAAUAAAAUAGUUCUUUAUUCCAGAUAGACAAUGAACACUUCAGUCAGUAAGGAAGAAGAGUUUGAAAAAGGAGCAUAUGCGAUAAAGGUCAAUAUUGACAGGGUCAAAGCAGAAAUUAGCACCAAAGAAGAUGAUGUGGGUGGCUCCAGUCCAGAUAGAGCUGCAGAGCCCAAUUGUGUGCAGGAUACAGCAAAACGAAAGCAGAUACAGAAUGGUUCUGGUAAGAUGACUCCAGAAUACGAGAGUCCCAUCAUCUGUAAAAGGAGAAGGAUUAUCUGUGAGGAUAGGUUUGCAAAUCUAAAUGGCAUAGACGCUGCAGUAUCUUCCCAGGGAAACUCAGAUGACACAAGCAAAGUAAAGGAGGCCACUGCAGAUUUGUUGGUGGAAAAUGAAGAUGUUCCUCAGGACAAGCCGUCGUACAGGAAGCCACUAUAUAGCAUCUCGCACAAAAUAUCAGAUCGGCGAAACGCACAACCUGUGGAUCAGCACACAUCCGUUGAGGUGUCAGAUAGAGUUUACCUCAACAGUCUCUUACAACAACGAAAUCUUACCGACACCCGCAAGAGUUACCCUUCUGCCUUGCCAGCCCAUGCGGCUGAUGGUGAUUCCACACUGUACUCAUUAAUCCAUAAAAUGUUUUUCACUCUCAACACUUUGAACUCUACCAUGACCCAACUGCACAGCAAAAUCGAUUUGCUAUCAUUGGAGGUGAACAGAAUUAAAAAGCACGUGAACCCCGGUGAAUCAGUGGUAGAGUUCUUGCCACCCGCAGAGUACCAGCUCAACAAUGCAGAACUUAAGCAGGUCCUAGACCAGAGCUCCUCUCCCGGAGACUUUGCCUGUCGGUUGCUUGUGCAGCUCUUUCCGGAACUCUUCACUGAAGACGAGGUCAGCAGGGGCUGCAAUGCAUGUGGCUCCACUUCUGAGAAGAAGCUGGACUCGCUCCAUCUCCAGCUCAUCAGAAACUACAUUGAGGUCUGUUAUCCGUCAGCCAGAAAUAGCAACAUCUGGCAGGUAGAAUGUCUACCACAAGUAAGCGACUUUUUCAACAGGUUUUGGGCACAGAGGGAAAUGGAGAGCAGUCAGCAGAACACCAAGGUGAUCAGCUUUUAUGAGGCGGACCAUGUUGUGGAGCAGCCCCAGCCAAACUGCUACAUUGACAACAACACGCAAGAUGAAGGGCUGUCCUUGGAUUCCUCCAGCAGUAUGAACUCGGACUUGGUUUUGGAACCCCAGGAGAUAAGCGAGUACUUGGAUGAAGCUUCGUCCCCUGGGGAAUUUGCGAUUUUGCUGGUCCACAGGCUGUUUCCGGAGCUCUCUGACUUAAGAUGUUUGGCGUCACAAACCAGCUGUUAUGGUUCGUCUGUAAAACAGGCGCUUGAUCCGCAGAGACUGCAGAUUAUCCGCAAAUACGUAGAAAUCUACUUUCCUGAUGUGCAAGACGACAAGGUUUGGCUGCAACAGGUCAUCCACAAGAUGGAUGAAGAGCUAGCGAGUAUGAAUUCUGAUGGAAGUGAGUCUGAUGUCUUCAGAAAUGAAAGUCACUGUUCCCCGAAUGUAUCCAUGGCUACGAGCAAUGACAGCUGUGAUUUCGAUAAAUCCACCCAAAAGUCCAAGAAAAUCUGGCUCAUGCCUGUUGAUUUCAAAAGCCUUGUCGUACCCCCUCCAGACUUUGAAGUACCUUGCCCAGACUACAUACUCAGCAAACAACAGUUAAAAAACAUUUAUGAGAGCAGCUUGUCCAUUGGAAACUUUGCCUCCCGGUUGUUGGUGAGGUUGUUCCCUGAGCUCUUUACGCCUGAGAACCUGAGGAAGCAAUAUAAUUGCAGUGGCUCUCUUGGCAAAAAGCAGCUGGACCCAGUCCGAAUAAAGCUCAUCAGGCACUAUGUGCAGCUGAUGUACCCCAGAGCCAAGUGCGACAAGGCGUGGAAUCAGGAGUUUGUUUCAAAGCUGGAUGAGAGGUGCCGCCGCAGAGACACUGAACAAAGGCGUGUUUAUCAACAGCAGAGAAAGAAAACCAUCGUCAGCACGGAAAAGGAAGAGCCUACAACUUCAGUGCAACCAGAGCCAGUCAAAAUGGAAGCAGUCCUGCUAGCACCAGAGAGAACAGACCGGUACCAUAGAAACUUUUGCAAAGUGGCACUUGAUGAACUAACCGUGCCCACUCUUGAUUUCCCAGUCCCAAAUAAGCACCUGCUCUCUACUAAAGAGUUAAAGGAAAUAGUGCAGGACAGCCUGUCAAUUGGGAACUUUGCCGCACGACUUCUUGUCAGGAUCUUUCCGGAGUUAUUUACUUCUGAAAAUCUCAGACUGCAGUACAACCAUUCAGGCGCCUGUAACAAGAAGCAGCUGGAUCCAGUCCGCUUAAGGCUCAUUCGACAUUACGUAGAAGCGGUUUAUCCACGGGCCCGGAAUGAUCAAGUGUGGCACCUUGAAUGCAUACCAAGUAUUGAUGAGAGGUGUAGGAGGCCGGACAGGAGGAAGUCCAAGGUGUUGGGGAAGCCCAAGGAUGAGAAAAAUGAAACGUUCUCUUAGCACAUUCCGGUUUAGGCAGGUUUACGGCAAAGUAGUGGCAAACGUGACGGUUACGACAGACGUAGAUAAGCUAAAGAUAUGUUUUACAACUUAAAAAGAAUCAAAAGUGCCAACUUAGAAAAGAGCACACACUGGGAGUUCUCACCCUUUAUUUAUUUCAUGUGCAAUUCAUUACCUUCUGAUCCCUACCCAUGAAUAAAUGAAUUAUUUGAUCUGG